AAAUACCAAGCACCUGUCACGCCACUAAUUUCAUUUUGUCAACAUGAUUAUCUUAUGCGCAUGACGCUGAGUCCAGAAUCAAUCGAUUGAGCCUCAGAUGAAGAGGAGUCUUGGUAAAGAUGACGGCACCGGAGGCAGAAAAUCGCCAAAAACUGCUUCGGGCAGUGAAAAAAGAGGUGAAGCAGAUAAUGGAGGAAGCUGUCACCAGGAAGUUUGUCCACGAAGAGAGUAGCAGCAUUACCUCCCUUUGUGGAGCAGUAGAAGCUUGUCUCCUUCAUGGCCUGAGGAAGCGAGCUCUUGGUCUCUUCAAGCUCAGUUCAACCACUGCCCUGCUACAGAAGGUGUCCAAAAGUUGUGAAGCAGCCUCCAUCGUCCUCCGAUCCCUCAACAAUGUGGAGAACAACUUCGAAGCCAGCAGGAAGAAUGUGGAUAGCAACAAAAACCAGACCAAGCAGACGUCAGGCAAGGCCGGUCUGCCCCGGUACCUGUGGAUCCGUCUGGCCAUCUUUGAGAAGCAGCUCCACCGUAUUCUGGACUACCUAGUGCAAAACUACAGCCGAUACUAUGAAACAGAUGCGCUAAUUGCAGACCCUGUGGAUGGUCCAAUAUUUGCUUCUCUUCUGGUUGGUCCGUGUGCUCUGGACUAUACCAAGAUGAAGACCACGGAUCACUUUUGGACAGAUCCCCCCGCUGAUGAAUUGGUGCAGCGCCACAGGAUACAUUCCAGCACAAACCACCUGACCGGUCCAGGCUCCCCCAAACGCCCCGGCCUACAGCCGAUGACAAAUUUUCAGAUACGCAACACAAGCUCGAGCAGCGAGGAGAGUUCUAAGAGUUUCCAUCAGUCUGCCCGGGAUUACGUGGAGUCGCUCCAUCAGAACUCUAAGACAACUCUUCUUUACGGCAAAAAUAAUGUCCUAGUUCAGCCCAGAGAGGACACAGAGCCAUUGGCGGGGUACUUGUCUCUUCAUCAGUCCGCAGAGGGUCUGACCAUCAUGUGGACACCCAAUCAGCUGAUGAACGGCUGUUGUGAGGACACAGAUGAUGAAAUUGAUCGCAGCAUGUACUGGGACUUUGCCUUGACCGUGUACUUAGAUGAAAUCGUAUACAUCCAUUGUCAUCAGCAGCCUGACUGUGGAGGGACCAUUGUGUUAGUGGGACAGGAUGGGGUACAGAGGCCCCCCAUCCACUUCCCUAAGGGAGGGCACUUGCUCGCAUUCCUCUCCUGCCUGGAGAACGGCCUACUCCCUCACGGACAGCUGGACCCCCCUCUCUGGUCACAAAGGGGUAAAGGAAAAGUCUUCCCAAAGCUGAGAAAGAAGGGGAGCCGCCUCUCUCUGCUGUCGGGCAGCACCAGUUCUACAGGAAGCAGCACGAGUUCCAGUGCUGACGAGGAGGAGGCGACCGAUUACGUGUUCCGCAUCAUCACCACAUUCCGACCAGACAGCAUUCCUCCUGAGAUGUUGGAUCCUAAGGCCAACAUGAAGAGGGAACACUUUUCCUGGGCCUCAAAGAUUCCUCAGGCUCCGGUCCUCAUUGACUCCUCCUCUGUACGAAGCUAUGCCAAAAUCCAGGAGAAACAGAACAGUUCGUGCAUCAACAAGUCCGCCUCAGAUCACAGGUAUCAAAUGGCAACUCUGAAGCAUCUUUGUGACACCAUGAAGACUCAGAUCAUCUCCAGGGCCUUCUAUGGAUGGCUAGCCCACUGUCGUCAUCUGAAGACCGUUCGUACGCACCUGUCUGAGCUGGUUCUACACCGCAUUGUUCCUGCCGACAUUCCAUAUGACGCUUCCUGCGGACUCGUGGAGAGAACAUGGAGGGAACUAAAUCAGAACGGACAGGUGUCAAAUCCAGAGGAAGUGUACAGACUGGUGUAUUAUGGGGGAAUAGAACAUAGCAUCAGGAAAGAGGUGUGGCCUUACCUGCUGGGUCAUUACCGCUUCAAGAGCACGCCAGAGGAACGCCAGCGAAUGGACCAACACGUAAAGACUCUGUACGAGAAAACAAUGUCAGAAUGGCUGGCUGUGGAGGCCAUAGUGAAACAGAGGGAGAAGGAGACAAUGGCCGCCAACAUCAUGAAGAACUUGUCCUCAGAGAGCACAGACAUGGCAAUGCCAGGGCCGUUCACUCGAGGAGACUCGAGUCUGAGUAACGAUGUGUUCGAGUCCCUGGAUGAGUGGGACAACAUUAUGACUCAGGAGACGGUCAUUGAGGAGAGCUCAACCACAGGGACCACUUGUACCCCCACCACAGACAGGAAGCAGAGCCUGGAGCUCCACCUACAAGGGGAGAUCACAUGUGUGGAGGAACAGAUCUCGCACAACAUUAUACUGAGUAAGAGGGAGUUUGUCUGUAAGUCUUUCUCCGAGAGCCCUGAUGAUGGGCUUGGAGACUCGAUCGCACCUCACGGUUCUCAGGACAGGUCCAAACUUGACUCUGCCGGAGACUCGGAAGGGACGGACAUUUCUAAGUUUGACAGGGACGGAAGUCUGGAAAGAGUGAUGCACUUAACUAAACACUCGUGUUCUAUAGACAGUGCUGAGGCUGAUGUUGAGGAAGUGAGCGAUGACAGCAGCGAUGAUGAGGACAGCGAUGUAUCGUCUGAUCAUGAGAUGACCGAUGACACGGCCAAAUCAACACUAGAUCCAGCAACUGCAGAACAAACAAAAGGAUUGUCUGCUUCAAAGGAAAGCUUGAUUUCUCCAGCGUCGCCGGCAUCUCAUGGGGGUGUGUACUCGGCGGAGAUGUUGGAUGCGGUGGGGCUGAACUUACACCGCAUUGACAAGGACGUUCAGCGCUGUGACAGGAACUACUGGUAUUUCACCCCAGCCAACCUGGAGAAGCUGCGCAACAUCAUGUGCACGUAUGUGUGGGAGCACCUGGAUGUAGGUUAUGUGCAGGGCAUGUGUGACCUCGUGGCACCUCUUCUAGUCAUAUUUGAUGAUGAAUCACUGACCUACAGCUGUUUCUGUGAGCUGAUGAAGAGGAUGUCGGCAAACUUCCCCCAUGGAGGAGCCAUGGACACCCACUUUGCUAACAUGAGAUCUCUUAUUCAAAUUCUAGAUGCUGAACUCUUUGAACACAUGCAUCACCAUGGAGACUACACACAUUUCUACUUCUGCUAUCGAUGGUUCCUGUUAGACUUCAAAAGAGAGCUUCUGUACGAUGACGUAUUCUCAGUGUGGGAGACGAUAUGGGCGGCCAAGUACAUCAGCUCUCCCCAUUUUGUGCUAUUUAUAGCCCUGGCCUUGGUGGAGGUUUACCGCGAUAUCAUUCUAGAUAACAACAUGGACUUCACAGACAUCAUCAAGUUCUUCAAUGAAAUGGCAGAGAGACACAAAUCUAAACAGGUGUUAAAGAUUGCCCAGGACUUGAUUCACAAGCUACAAACGCUUAUAGAAAACAAAUGAUUUAGAUUUAUUGAUCACAGUCGCUGUUCAAAGGGAGGUAAAGCCGAGAGGAUGUGCGAUAUAGAUCUGUCUCUAUGAAAUGUUUGAAUCCUCUCUCUUAAAAUCCAGGACCACUAGAUAAAUAAUGCAUUACAUACAGUAAAAGAUAAUCUAAGUCCUGUUUCAUGAUUAACAUAAUGUAUAAAGAAAAAAAAAUCACUAAUUAUGUGCAAUUAUUAGUUGAUGUGAUUUUGUGUCAUUGUUGAUAAUGUAUCCUUGUGAGAAAAAACUGUCAGUUAAUAUCUUUGUUAAUCCAGAUUAUUUUUUAGAGAUAUGAUUUGUGAUCAUCCGUGUUAUUGCUCAUCAUCAGUUCAUUCCAUUUAGACACAAUUCUAUGAAGCUCCAGAUAUGUUGUUUUUAUUUUAUUUUUUUUUUAAUAGUUUAUCACUGUUGACUUUGAUUAUUUUUGUUAAAUUGUUACUACAUAUCUUAUGACUCGAUUCCAGUGUAGGAGAGUUCCAGCAUGUGUUAGUUUUAAAUGGAGUUUGGAGAUUUUCAAACAGAAUAUAUGUUCUGAGAUUAUCUUCAGAGAUGUUAGAUCAAUGAGACUUUUAAAUGUUCUGGUAACCAAUGCAAAAACUGAUGAAAUACGACCCUAAACAAAAUUUUUCUGGAGAGAAGAUUUUGCAUCAUCAUCAUCUCAAGUGCAAUAAAUUUAGAUAACAGAGAACUGCUUAACAUUACUCUAAAAGCCAGAUGAUUUAGAAAUCACAAAAUAUGUACCGGUACAAUGUAAUUGAUUAAAAUAAAUUAACCUAUUUUGGAUAAUAAUGCAAACAUUUACACCUGCAGAAAAAAACCUGUUGUACAGUGAGUAUUAGACUCACUGAAGUCAUUAUAAUGGAGGAAAAGUAGGUAGUUAGUGAUCAUGUUUUGUGUUCAACUAAUGCUUUUGUUUUGUUGCUAGCUUAUGACAUGUUUUAAACAUAAUGAACAAAAAAGACUAGUCUCAUGUACAGGAAAAUUCCACUGUUUUGCCUGGGACCCUUCAUAGAUUUGAAAGAAAAAGAACAUGCAAUGAAAUCCUUUGUCUCAUUCAAACAUGUUUUUUACUUGCCUUCAAUGUCAUAAUUAUGUAUGUAUUAAGUUGAUAACUAGAACAUUGUAAGAUGCCAAAAUUUUAUUAAGAGAUAGGUAUUAGUGUAAAGACACCUGACUUCAUGUAACUCUUUCCGACAUACCUUAUGUAAUGAUGGGACUAUCCAGGUUAGGAUUACAACAAUGGUGAGGUACAUCAAGGAGAGUGGGCAAUCGUUGACAACAAGUGUGAGCAUAUGUUGAAAUAGUGGGCAGAUAAUGGCAUAGUGUGAGCAGAAAGUGUCCGCAAAUUUUGGCAUAGUGUCAGCAGAUGUUGGCAUGGUUUUGACAGAUGUUGGCACAGUGUGGGUAUGAGUUGAAAGGAUGGGCAGAUGUUGGCAUAGUGUGGUCAGAUGUGGUCAGUAGUUGACAUAUUGAAGGAAGAUGAAAAGUUUGGGUAGAUUUUGGCAUAAUGUGGGAGGAUGUUGAUAGUGUUGCAGAUGUUUGGCAGUGUAAGCAGACAUUUGCUAGUGUGGGCAGAUGUUGGUAGAGUGUGAGCUGAUUUUGGCACUAGAUGGGUUAUUUUGGCAUAGUGUAUUAAGUUAUUCAAAGGGUGGGCAGAUGUUGUCAAGGUGAGGAAAGAUAUUGACAGUGUUGGCAGAUAUUGGCGUAGUGUGAGCUGACAAUCUACACUCUAUGUAGGCAAAGCCAUUAGUGGGUGGACAUUUGCAAAACGUGGAAAGGCGAUGGCAAGAAGUGGGCAUUGUGUUUUGUUCAGUGAGUUUUGGUGUACUUCGCUGUCCACUCUCUUUGCAGUUUAUGUAAAAUAGCUGUAGUCCUGACUAUGGACUCUAUAGUCACCCUGAAAAAACAGAAUUGACACAUGUGAAAGACGUUUUUAAUGACAUUUUCUGUUUUGCAUUCCUCAAUAGAAAUGCAUUUGUUGCAGUUUUAUUUGGAUUUUUUAUACCGGUUUUAAUGGCAGUAGCUAUAUUGAUCAGUGAGAACAAUUCAUUUUCAUGCAGGUCGUUCUUUCCCACCGUCAUGAACUUGUUAACAGAACUUUCGUUGUAUAUUGUCCUCCAUGUUAGAUUCGUGAUUUGUAUAAAUUGUUAUUAUUAUUAUCCAUUGACAGUGUUAUCGUUAAUGAUUCAAAGAUGAAUGUAAUAAAUACUGGAAAUUUCA